CUGUGCUCUUUUUGAACCAGGAGGUUGAACAGGUCUAUUGUUGGUAUUCAAGUGAACUUUGUCAUCACAGCAACAAGACCAAGCUCAGAUAAACCGAGUCGUGACGCAAUCUAUUCUGAGCGGCUGCUCGCUCCACUGCUCAUUUGACGUCAAAACUCAGGCAUCCUGUGAGACAUCACGCCGUUUCAAUAAAAGCACCACUAUCCCACGCACCUGCGCCAUAUCCUGGUGCGGUUUUGGCAUAGGACCAACGAGGUUGUGUUGCUCCCCACGCCAGCCACGGCCAGAGGUCCACCAUAGAGGUGCCCAAAACGGCAAUCUAGGUAUCUCGGCUCACACCAUUGCACUUCAACCCUCACUGCACCAAAUCAUCAUGGGUCGUGGUUUUAAUCUGCCUUGGGGCUUGUCUUGCCAGCCCACCCUUUCAAAUAAUAGCUGUCUACUACCCACCCACCGAGAGCACUCACAGCCGGAUCUUACUUGUCCCUGUCAUCUUCAUGAGCCGAUGAGUAAUUACUCGACGCUGACAGGCUGAAAUACAGCUGCUUCCGCACGCCCCCCUUGGACCAGGUGAACCACUUUGUACAACCGUCCACGCCUCGAACUUGCCUUUGACGAAUCAUUGCGACGCCGAUUCUAAUACGACAUGCGUCCGUUUGCUUUGCCGUCAUUCCAAUUCGCAGCUCCCGUGUUUUGGACCCCGGCUGGCGUGUACAUCCUCCGAGACUUGGUUCCGCAUGGUCGUGAAGCGACCAAAGCAGCCUGAUGUUAGUCCACACAGUUUUAGCUAAUAGCAUGUUGGCCUGUAAUUAAUGCCCCAGGAUGAGGCUUUUGGCGGACCAGUGCGUUCCCUAAAAGGGCCAUAUCUUCAACUCCGAGUGCACACCUUUAACAUCGCCGGUAUUGUCGCCGGCCCUGAUUGUUACCGGUGCCGUUUGCCCAUCGAGACCACCCAUCUCAUUAUCAUUAUCCAUUACCCUUAUUGCUCGGUAACACCAUUGUUCUGACUAACACACUCUCAGACCACCAACCACCAGAGGUGUAACUUGAGCACUAUGGACUUGACAGGACUCUCUAUCCUUAAUGCCCGGCCUUCCAGGCUGCCUGGACCAAACCUCCUACACCAACUGGUGAAGAAGCCGGGCCAACACGUAGCCCUGGAUUAUAUGAGUAACGGUCGGCAAUCUACAUUGACUUACAGCGAACUUCAUGAAGCUGCAGCGUCCAUUGCGACUCGUAUAACAACAGCAUCAGGCAAUGUCACAGGACAGUUUGUUGUUCCUGUGCUCAUUCACCAAUCCCCUCUACUAUACAUCUCACUCUUGGCCAUUUUAAAGUCCGGAGGGGCUUUCUGUCCUCUCAAUAUUGAUGCGCCGCCGGAACGCGUAAAAUUCAUUCUUGAUGAUGUCGCAGCAACAGUGGUGUUGACCACGAAGGAACUGGCAUCUGAAAUACCCAACAAUACCGGUGCAACUAUAAUCAUCGUUGAUGAGAAUGAAGAAUAUCAAGGCUCUUCUCGAUCUCCAGGAGUCGAGCUCAAACAUAGAGUCCCUCAGCCAGAAGAUCUAGCCUAUGUCAUGUAUACAUCAGGAUCAACAGGAACUCCCAAAGGCGUGGGAAUUUCGCACGAGGCUGCAUCGCAAGCUCUUAUUGCCCAUGAUAGACAUAUCCCACCAUUCUCCCGCUUUCUGCAGUUUGCAGCACCGACAUUUGAUGUCUCAGUCUUUGAAAUAUUCUUCCCAUUCUUUCGAGGUGCUACUCUCGUGAGUAUUCGGCGGGUUGAGAUGUUAGACGACCUUCCUGGCGUGCUACGCGCUAUGAGAGUGGAUGCCUGCGAACUCACACCAACAGUCGCUGGAAGCCUGUUGCGCCGAAGAGAAAAUGCGCCAGACCUCAAGUUGCUUUUGACAAUUGGAGAAAUGCUCAACGCCCCAGUAGUUGACGAAUUUGGAGGGGACGAUGAAAGGCCGAGCAUGCUCUGGGCAAUGUAUGGUCCAACUGAAGCCACAAUUCACUGUACUCUUCAAACUGCAUUCUCGUCUGAUUCUUCGACGGGCAAUAUUGGUGUACCCCUCGAUACAGUCUCGUGCUUCAUUAUCGAGAUUCCAGAGUCAGAUAGCCACGAGUUUGAAAUUAAAAUUCUUCCCCAAGGAGAGGUUGGAGAGUUGGCUGUGGGUGGCUACCAGUUAGCUGCUGGCUACAUCAACAGACCGGAGCAAACAAAUUCAGUCUUCGUUGAUUCACCAUUUGGGCGCAUCUAUCGUACGGGGGACAAAGCUCGUUUACUUCCAAAUGGAAAACUUGAAUGCUUCGGUCGAUUAUCAGAUGGCCAAGUGAAGCUGAGGGGACAACGUUUGGAGUUGGGAGAAGUAGAGCAGGCCGUCCUUCGAACCUCAGGAUGUCACAGCACCGUGGCAGCGAUAGUGCAAUCUAUCCUGAUAGUGUUCUGUGCCGUCGACGAAGGAGUGACUGAAUUUGCUAUUUUGAAGCAUUGCAAAGAUUGGCUACCGCAGUACAUGGUUCCUGGAGAAGUUGUCUUGAUGUCAGAAUUUCCAAGACUACCCAGUGGCAAAGUUGACCGGAAGAGGCUUAAAGCAGAGUACGAACAACGCAAAGCAGACAUGUCAGAGAGCAUCUUGGACUCCGCGCCAGUUGACACAAUGGAAUCAGAGCUUCUGGCAGUUGUGUCUCAGAGUUUGAAUUUCAAAGUCGAUAAGUCGACGUCUCUCGCCUUGAUUGGAAUGGAUUCCCUCAAAGCAAUCAAGUUAGCCUCUGCCCUUCGGACUUCUGGGUUUGGGAUAGACUCAACUGCUCUUCUCACAAUGAAAACCGCGUCUGAAAUUCUUUCUGCCAUCCGAAGGCAGCUGCAACGCGAUAUAGCCAACCCUCAACAACCGUCAACAGAUCUUUCGUUAGACUUUGAGGAUGUUGUACGACAAGACGCCACCCUAGCUCGAAUUCGUGGCUCAGUCGAGGACGUGAUACCAUGCACGCCUCUUCAAGCAGCUAUGCUAGCCGAGACUGCACGGAACCCAACCACUUAUUGCAACGAGCUUGAGCUUAGUAUUCCGCUAGGUUAUGGCAUCGAUUAUAUAUCAGAGACUUUCAGAGAACUUUCACAGCUGAAUGCAAUUCUGCGUGCGGGGUUCGCAGCUGCAAAGGGCAACUUCGUUAUGAUUUUCCAGCGAGAACUCCGACCCGAACAGAUCUGCGUUGUUGACCAGUUUCAAAAACGACUGUCCCUCUCCUCACCCCAGGACUUCAUAUCUCCCUUGAUACUCCAGAUCCAGCAAAGUCCAGUAGAGGAUAGGGUCCGCGUUCUCUUGCAACUGCAUCAUUCACUAUAUGAUGGAUGGUCUAUGGAUAUUCUUCUUUCUGAUUGGUCCAAACUGCUCCUGCGACAACAAGUAUCUCAGCAUCCUUCAUUCCGGGAAGUUGUCAGAUUUCAUCAUGACAUGCAAACAGGCGAUGCCACCCGAGUAUUCUGGACGGAACAUCUCGCAGGAUGGAAACGAUCGCCAUUGCCCAAACUACGCGAUAAGUUGAUGUACUCAAACCAAACCCUAUCAAUCAGGAGGCGAUUGUCCCUCUCUCGAAGUAGGGUUGAUACAGGAAUGCAGAAGCUUGGCUGCAGUCCUCAAGUGAUAUUCCAGGCCUCACUAGCUCUGCUGUGGUCAGGGAUCACAGGAAUGCGUGAUAUCACGAUUGGCUCAGUAACUUCUGGAAGGACGAUUCCUUUAGCAGGCAUUGAGCAAGUAAUUGGACCAUGCAUUGCCUCCCUCCCUGUUCGAGUCGAUUUAGACAACGUAUCCGUAUGUCUCGACCUGCUCAAUAGCAUCCACUCAAGUAACAGAGCGAUUAUGAAACAUUGUACAAUUUCAUUAUCAGAGCUCAAAAAGCUGGUCGCAUUACAGCCCGGCGAAAGCCUCUACGAUGUGCUUUUUGUAUACCAGGAAUCUCUCACCAGCUCGGAGCGAACGCAGAACGUUGUGAGAGAGACCAGUCAUCUGGAUCGACUGGAGACACCGCUUGUGUUUGAAGUUGAGCCAAGAGAAGAUGGGUUUGAGCUUCAAGUUACAUAUCAAGAGGACCUCGUGCCACCAAAGACGGCAGAACACAUGGUGAAUCAGCUUGAGUCAUUGAUUAUCUCCAUGCUGGAGAAUCCUACCACCAAGGUCAAAACGACACUGAAGGAGGUCAGCUGCAGCCCGUCCAUUCACAACAUCUGGCCUACCAUGCCGCAGAAAACCCCUGAUUUGGCGCGACUUUUUGAAGAAGUUGUGCUUCAAACUCCGAACUCGGAUGCUCUAUUCUUUGCUCACUCUUUAGACGGCGGCCUCCAAACGAAAUGGACAUUUCAAGAGCUCAACGCAGUGGCAAAUCGCAUCGCGAGAUAUCUACAUUGCAGCGGUGUCGGAGUUGGCGAAGUAGUGGCUAUUGUGAUGGAAAAGUCACCAACGUUGUACGCAUCAAUCCUGGGCAUCAUCAAGUGUGGUUGUGGAUAUCUCCCAAUUCUUCCUUCAACCCCUCCUGCUCGCAUCCGUGAGAUCCUACAACAGGCCCAUACUGAGCAUUGCGUGGUCGAUAACGUGUCUCGUGACCAAUGCCCAUCUCUGUCCGGGCUUUCUACGAUAACUGUCGAUACCAACUCGCUCCAUGACAUAUCCACGGACAAUUUGGACGUUGGAGUUGAUGGGACUCGACUCGCGUACGUGAUUUACACGUCGGGCACGACAGGAACUCCAAAGGGUGUUGCAAUUCAGCAACAUAGUAUUGCUGCAAACAUUGAGCAUCUUGAGGCACUGUAUCCCAAAUGUCUCAACUCACAGGGUCGCCUCCUGCAAGCAUGUUCUCAAGCAUUCGAUGUGUCAGUAUUCGAGAUAUUUUAUACAUGGUGCGCAGGGAUGUGUUUAUGUUCAGGGACAAAUGACACAAUCUUGGAGGAUAUCGAGCGCUCGAUACGCGACCUUGGUAUCACCCACCUCAGCAUGACACCAACGGUUGCCAACAUCGUUAACCCUACUAAUGUCCCCGGCGUGGAGUUUCUCGUGACUGCCGGAGAACCCAUGACACAGUCCGUCCAUGAGAAAUGGCAACGCCAGUUGUGGCAGGGAUAUGGACCAUCGGAAACCACAAAUAUCUGCACAGUGAAGAAAAUGACAGCAGAUGACCAUAUUGAGCACUUAGGGCACGUGUUUCCUAAUACCUCUGUUGUGGUACUCUCCCCAGAAAGUCCUGACGUAGUGCCCCUUAAUUGGGUCGGCGAGUUCUGUUUUGGAGGUGCCCAGGUCGCUCAAGGUUACCUCAACAUGCCAGAGCUCACAUCCCAAAAAUUCAUUCAACAUCUCCAGUACGGAAGACUUUAUAGAUCUGGAGACAUGGGCCGUAUGCUUCCCGACGGUUCCCUGCUGAUACUUGGCCGCAUCGAUGAUCAAGUAAAACUAAGAGGCCAGCGAAUCGAAGUUGGUGAGAUCAGUAGCAUGGUGACCUCGAGCGGUCUGGCAUCCUCAGCUGCUACAGUAUUGGUACAACGCGGAGAGACUUCCCCCCAGCAACUAUCUCUCUUCUUCGUUCCGAAUCAUGGCCCUUCUAGCUUUCAUGCGUUGAAAAUCAACAACGAAACCCACCAGUCCCUCGUCGCACACCUGAAAUCGCGAUUGCCAAGCUACAUGGUGCCCACUUACCUUAUCCCGAUCUCAUCAACACCCAUGACUUCGAGUGGAAAGAUAGAUAAGCGCCGGCUUCGUGACUGCUUUCACAGGUUGAGUAUGGACUAUCUCGAAGAAGCCUCUAGAAUGUCCCUGGACACUCAAGACGAGGGUGAUUGGAGCCAGUCAGAUUUGAAAAUCGCAGAUACCCUUGUGGAGUCUGCGAAUGUAUCCAGGAAUGACUUCGGUAGAUGGACACCCUUUGCUCUUCUCGGAAUAGACUCUAUAUCUGCCAUCGAUCUAGCACGCAAUCUCAGCUCAAAACUUGGUUCUCGAGUUGCUGUGUCUGAGAUUCUUCGCAACCCAACUGUUGCGCAAUUGGCGAGAUAUUUGGAUGGAAAGACAUCACAACAAGAGGAAACCCCAGUCGAUAGUCUUGAAGGCUUUUUUCCCGUCACCUUCGUUGACUCGAUGGAAAAAGAGUUUACCAAAGAGGCAAAGACUAUUAGGGAGAUCUUGCCAUGCACUCCCUUACAGGAGGCGAUGCUUUCUCGUGGCCAAAGGGGUUACUAUAACAAGGUGCUCCUACGCCUGACAACUAGCUCUGGAGCCAUGAGAUCGUACUGGAAAACCAUGUCGUAUAGGCAUGAUAUUCUUCGGACCUGUUUUGCGGCAACGACAGAUUCCCGACGUGCCAUUGCUCAGAUCGUCCUUGAGAGCUGGGAAAUACCGUGGAAGACAUUCGAUGUUAGUGAAUUGUCUUUCGAUGGGGCGAUUGAACAACAUCUCAAGUCUCUCCCUGAUCCAGUCGAUUCAAGGACACCGCCGAUAUCUCUAGCGCUACUUAGAUACCGUGGAUCUGAGUUUCUGUCAUUCAUCUGCCAUCACGCACUUUACGAUGGUGUGGCAAUGGAACGACUUCUCAAGGAGGUGGAAGCAUUGGCUGUUGGCGAGGAACUACCGCCGCCGGUCCCCUAUAGUCAGUUUCUGAGACUAUCCACUCGCUUGCCCGACGAUGCAGAACAAUUUUGGCAACGGCACUUUGAGAACUACAAACCAUCUGCAAUCUUCCCCCAGACAACCACGAGUGAAGUUGAUCAGAGCACCUGCACCACAUCUAUGGAUAUCCCUCUCAGCGAUUUGCAGUUGCGUAUUCGAGAUCUCGGGUCAACCCUCCUUUCGGUUUGCCAAGCAAGCUGGGCCACUGUUCUUGCAGCCGCAUAUAGACGUACAGACGUGUGUUUUGGAAAUGUUGUCAGCGGCCGUACUCUUGACAUCGAAGGUCUUGAAAGACUCGUUGCACCCUGUUUCAAUACGAUCCCUGUGCGCGUCAAAUUCCCAGAAGCAUCCAGUAAUAUUGAUCUGGUCAAGCACCUUCAGAAGAUGAACACAGAGCUUAUUGCGUACCAAUUUACUCCGCUGAGGCUUAUCCAGCGUAGCAUCAAUCGCACUGGGAAGCAUAUAUUUGAUACGCUCCUACUGCUGCAAAAGCCAUUACAGGACAUCGACAAGAACGUCUGGACUCUUGAAGGAGAUUCUGGAGACAUGGAUAUCCCCCUGGUGUGCGAAAUCGUCCCUUGCCCUGGAUUGAACUCACUAGUUGUCAAUCUUCAUAGGGACAUGAGUAUUGUCACUGAGGAAGUUGCCACGGCUAUGGCUGAUGUUUUCAAACUUACAUUGCGAGCCAUUCUGACAACUCCCCAUGCAAGUUCAUUGAACAAGAAGGAUCUUCCCGAUACCCUCAGGUCAAUAAUAGACCAGCUCGUACCUCGAACCGAAAAAGACAACACAACAGUGACACCUUCCAACAAAAAAGAAGAAUGGAGCGAGCUUGAGUUACAAGUUCGACAUGUCCUGGCCACCCUUUCAGGGGUAAGCGAUCAGCAUAUACAACGCCGCACAACCAUUUUCCAGUUGGGCCUCGACAGCAUCAACGCUGUGCAGGUGGCUUCGGUUCUCCGCCAGCGCGGUUUCGUCGUAUCGGCCUCUGAUGUGAUUGAAUGCCCAAGCUGCUCUAAGAUAGCCGCAAAGCUACUGGAAAAUUCAUCGAGAGCAGAUGCUGGGUAUGUAUUGAAGUACGAUCUUGACAGAUUUUCACGACAAGUCCUCACGGAGGUUGUUGAUCAACUACCCAAACCAGUCAAAAUCGAGGCAGUCCUACCAUGCACACCUGUCCAGUCUGCCAUGCUGGCAUCUUUCGUUCAGUCUGGAGGUGACAACUACCUCAACGCAGUGAGGUAUGUUGUGACGGAAGAUAUCCAAGUAGCGAACCUCGAAAGGGCUUGGCAGCUGCUCCAACAACGACAUCCUAUGCUGAGAACUGGCUUUGUCCCCGUGCAACAUGCAGAAUCCUCUUUUGCUAUGGUAAGGUAUGAAGUAGGAUCAAUAGAGACGACUCUGAACCGUCUGCACUUGGUUGGAGACGAACAGGCCGACCUCAUCCAGAUGAAGGCUGAUGCCAGCAAAUCGAUGCUUUCUUCGCUGCACCACCCCCCUUGGAGUGUAAUUCUGGCUCAAACAUCCCAAACCAAUACCAUGAGCCUCGUCAUUCACCAUGCUCUCUACGACGCUCCCGCACUUCACCUGAUGCUUGAUGAACUUUCACAACUAGUCAAGGGCAAUCAGCUACCCCGGCCUACGACCAUCGAGCCUGCAGUAUCAGCCAUUCUGGGCAUGGCACUGAAUGACAAAUCUACAGAGAAGGAAUUUUGGGAGGCUAAAGCCAGCAAGAUUGUUGUUAACAAGUUCCCAAUAAUGACACCUUUACGAGUUGAAGAACGACAUGUGCUGGUUGACUCAAUGGUUGGAUCACUAUCAUCCACAAAACUCAGGACAGCGACUCAAGCCUCAAAUGUCACAAUACAAGCGACCAUCCAAGCCGCUUGGACACGAGUACUGGCAUCUUAUUUGGGAGAGGACUCGGUUGUCUUUGGUGUUGCGCUGUCUGGAAGAACCAUUGAUGAGACAAAGGAUGUCGCGUUCCCAUGCCUCAACACAGUGCCUGUUGUGGCAAGCAACGUUCCGUCUAAUGCUGACCUGGUCAGCUACAUGAUGAGCUACAACCAGCACCUUCACAAGUACCAAUUCUCGCCGCUCAAUCAAGUACAGAAAUGGCUAGGUCACCCCGCAGGCCCCAUAUUCGACACUCUCAUUGCGUACCAGAAAAUGCCAGGUCAUAACACUUCGUUUGUACCGUGGAAGCUGGUCAACGAAGAAGCCAAAGUCGAAUAUCCAGUCUCAUUGGAGAUUGAACCCACGGACAAUGACCAGAUUCGCUUAUGCAUAACAUACUACAGCGACAUCCUUCCCCGUGAACAAGCACAGCUUUUGAUGAAGCAGUUCGACGCUUCACUAACCCACAUCGCCUGCAAUGCUGCUGGUUUCGAGGAUGAAGUGAUGAAAAACUCUUUAUCCCUGUAUUCGAUACUUCCUGCAUCAGCCCCAGUACUGGACACCUCCGUUCAGCUGUUACACCAAUUUGUCGAGAAGGGAGCAGUUUCUCAUCCGGAAAAAAUUGCUCUCGAGUUUGUAUCAGAGUUCGAGGGAGAUGCAUGUGUCAAGCAACAAUGGAACUAUCGUCAGCUUGACUGCAUGGGUAACAAAGUUGCCAACAUGCUCCGAAAUAAGGUCACUCUGGGUGGCAUUGUUGCCGUACACUUCGACAAAUGCCCCGAGGCAUAUUUCUCAAUCCUGGGCAUUCUAAAAGCUGGGUGCUCGUUUGUCGCACUGGAUCCGUCUGCACCGAGGGCGAGAAAGGAGUUUAUCAUCGAAGAUUCUAAAGCACCUUGCCUGCUAACAAGGUGCUCGAAGGAUCUUGAUUUCGAAACGAAAACCACGGUAAUGGAAAUAGAGACUCAGGUUUUGAAUGACGUGAGCGAGGAGCAUGUCGUUUUCCACCCCAAUACCUCUCCAUCAGAUACUUGUUAUUGCCUCUAUACAUCUGGGACAACAGGAACGCCAAAGGGCUGUGAGAUCACUCACGAUAAUGCUGUUCAGGCAAUGAUGGCAUUCCAGGAACUUUUCAAGGGCCACUGGGAUGAGGACUCACGCUGGCUUCAGUUCGCUGCUCUCCACUUUGAUGUUUCUGUCCUCGAACAGUAUUGGAGCUGGUCCGUCGGAAUGGCUGUCGUUGCUGCACCCAAAGACCUCAUUCUGGAUGACUUGACAGCAGCCAUCAAUAGGCUCGGAAUUACACACAUUGAUCUAACUCCAAGUCUUGCGCGGCUCACACAUCCUGCUGAAGUCCCCAGUCUCUGUCGUGGUGUGUUCAUUACAGGCGGCGAACAGCUUAAACAGGAGAUUCUUGACGUUUGGGGACCGCAAGCUGUCAUUUACAACGCAUACGGCCCUACCGAGGCCACUAUCGGUGUCACUAUGUUUCAGCGUGUGCCCAGAAAUGGCCGCCCUAGCAACAUCGGAAAGCAGUUCCCCAAUGUUGGUUCAUUUGUGUUCAAACAAAACACUAAUACGCCAGUCUUCCGCGGUGGUGUUGGAGAGCUUUGCGUGUCAGGGAAAUUAGUGGGCAAGGGUUAUCUCAACAGACCCGAACUUACAGCAGAGCGGUUCCCUACACUUGAACAAUUCAACGAAAGAGUAUACAGGACAGGUGAUCUUGUCCGCGUGCUCCAUGAUGGGUGCUUUGACUUUCUCGGUCGGGCUGACGACCAAGUCAAGCUUCGCGGCCAGCGACUUGAAAUUGCCGAGAUCAAUCAUAUCAUCCGUACCGAUGUUGUCGAUAUUCACGACGCCGCAACUAUUGUGGCUCGCCAUGGAAGUAGUGGCAAGGACGUUCUGGUAACAUUCGUCGUUGACCAGAAGUCUAAAAAAGGUCCCCUUGAAAUUCUGAUGGAUCAGGAGGGUCUGGCUGCGCAAGCAAAAGAAGCCUGCCGUGCCAAACUUCCAGGCUACAUGGUACCAACAUAUAUCCUGUCACUUCCAUACAUCCCCCUUUCCUCAAACAACAAGGCAGAAAUUAAGGAUCUGAAAAGACUUUUCAGCGAACUUGCACCAGAGAAGCUCUUGGAGCUUUCUCAUGCCACAACAGCACCUGUUUCACAGGGGGCCCGGAAGAUAGUUGGUCAAUUACUUGAAAGUAUUGCGCAGUUCAGCAACAUGAGCAAAAAUGAUCUGUCGUCAUCGACAAGCAUCUUUGAUGUUGGCGUGGACUCAGUCACGGCCCUCAGACUCUCCUCCCUCCUCAAAUCCCGCGGCCUCAAAGCAACAUCCCCUGCUUUGUUGCUUAAAAACCCCGUCAUUGGCGAUCUUGCCAACUCUUUGGCCAAGAACACCUCAAAUCGACAAGAGAAACUUGUGCGAGAGGUUAAGCAGUCUAUCCAGGCAUAUGGCCAUCGGCACCGUGGCACGGUCUGCCGCCUUCUUAAUAUUGAGCCAGCUGAUGUCGAAUAUGUUGCCCCAUGCUCACCUUUACAAGAGGGUAUCAUAUCACGGUCAUUGACCAGCAGCGAGCCCGGAGCUUACUUCAAUACUUUUGAGUUGAAGCUCCAUGAGUCUACCUCCAUAAGCAAGUUGCAAGUGGCAUGGGAAGAUUUGGUACUAACAGAGAGUAUUCUGAGAACUGUCUUUGUACCCACCCCGCAUGGCUUCUUACAAGCUGCCGUGCGAAAAUCUACCUUGGCAUGGGAAACCUACACUGUACAAUCGGAUGAAUCGAUUCCUGCAUAUCUUGCAGAGCAGAAGAAGUAUUGGAUCCAGCGGAACGAGUCUUCUAUCACACAGCCUUUGCUAUUCAUCUAUAUGGAGACACCGACAUCUAGACUGCUUACGGUUCAUAUUUUCCAUGCACUUUAUGAUGGUAACAGUUUUGAUCUCAUGAUGAAGCGGGUCGCGGCGAAUUAUUCUGGUAUUCACGCACCUGAUGCUCCUUCAUUUCUUGAAACUCUUAGUUAUGGUCCUCUGGCAAAAUAUGAUAACUGCAGAGGUUUCUGGGAGAAACAACUAGAAGGCUGGGCUCCUGUUUCGAUUCAGGCACAUGGGAAUGGCGAACCGGAUGCUGUGGCCGUCGCUGAGCGGGAAAUGCCGACUGCAAGUCUUGAGGCGAUUCGUUCUUCUCAGAAUGUUACGCUUCAAGCUGUUGUCAUGGCGUUAUGGACCUCUGUUUUGCAAAACUUCACCCAGCAGCAGCUCACCGUUGGUAUCGUUGUAUCUGGGCGAGCCAUCGACCUCCCUGGGAUCGAGAACACCAUCGGCCCUCUUUUCAACACCGUACCUUUCUAUUGUCGAGCAAUCCGUCACGAAAGUUGGCAGUCACUUCUUCGGCGCUGCCAUGACUUCAAUGCAUCAGUUCUCGAUUUCCAACAUGUUCCUUUGAAGGACAUCCAGAAGUGGUGCUCUAAGGGCAAGGCCUUGUUUGACAACCUCUUCACCUUCCAGAUCGAGGAAACCACGCCUGCCAAUGAGAGCAGCCUCCUUUUUGAUAUCAUGGAUAGCCCAGCAACGCCUGACUACCCUCUUGCGCUUGAAGCCGUCUACACUCAUUCGGGUUAUCUCCGACUCACUCUUGUCGCACAAGGACAUAUUGCGUCUUCACAAGUGCUGAAUAGCAUACUUGAUGACAUUGAGCGCUUUGCAAACCUGGCUGCAAGCUCACCAGAGAGCGAGGUGCCCGUUCCAGAAAUCGAGCAAAAAUGCGACCCUGACGUCAAUAAUGAACGCAUCCAAACGCACAAAUCAGCCAAUUUUGAAUGGAGUCAAGAAGCUCAAAUGGUUCGGAACGAAGUUGCUUUCUUGGCCGAUGCUGCCCCAUCUGAUCUUAAUGAAAAUGUGUCGGUCUUGGAACUCGGUCUCGACAGCAUUGAUGUAAUCAAGCUGUCUGCCACGCUGAGGAGGAAGGGAAUCCAUCUGUCCCCUUCACAUAUCAUGCGCCACAAGACGAUUGCCAAUAUACUGGCUGAGUCGAGUGAUCUUUCUCUCAAACCGUCAACUUCUGCAGAUGAUGCUUCGCUGCGGCAGGUCAAGACUAGGUUGCGCGAAUAUCUUGAGAGUGUCGGCGCGGACCUAGGCCGCGUCGAAUCUGUUCUUCCACCCACCCAUCUUCAAGAGUCAAUGGUGGCCGGGAUGAUCCAAUCUGAUUUUGAAUCUUACUUCAAUCACGACAUACUCCAAGUGUCCGAUCAUGUUGACACUACGAGACUGAUCAACGCUUGGAAGGAAUUGAUUCAGCGUACACCUAUCCUGCGGACAGGAUUUGUACAAGUCGCUCAUCAGGACCUGGAUAUGACAUAUUGUCAGGUUAUUGCAGAAUCCUUUGACGCUGAUAUUGAAAUUACGACAGUUCAGAACUUGGAUGAGCUGCAUCAACUAACCGCAACAGCAACUGCAAAAGCCAGAGAAGGAGCAGGAUUAAGGCAGCUGGCUCAGUUGAGAUUGGCGAAUAUGGGCUCUCAUCGAUACAUGGUCCUUUCCAUGGCACACGCUCUUUACGAUGGAUGGUCCCUGAGUUUGCUCUUCCAGGAUCUCCAGGCACUAUUAGAAGGAAGGCUGGUUACCCGUUCUCCAGUAGAACCAUUCCUUAUAAAAGUACUGGGGUCCACGAACCAGAAGGCAAAGGACUUUUGGACGCAGUAUGUCGAAGAUGCUUCACCAUCGAUCAUUCCUACAAGUGAAACGUCGUCCCGCCCAACUGAGAACACCUUGCGAAGGUUGGAGUCCGCUUCGAAGAUUGGCCUCUCCGAAAUCGAAACAGCCUGCAAAAGGCUUUCUGUAAGCUUGCAGGUACUCUGCCAAGCUUGUUGGGCCAUCACACUGGCACGUCAAACCAAAAAGCUCGAUGUCCUCUUUGGCACAGUCUUAUCGGGUCGGGAUUUUGAUGGGGCAGACAAUCUUGUGUUCCCAACAAUGAAUACAAUUGCCUUGCGAUGUAUUUUGCAUGGCUCAGUGUUCGAGUUUCUACGAUAUCUUGAGGAGAACAUGAUCGAUAUCAGAGACUCUCAGCAAUAUCCACUGCGAAAAGUCCAAGCAGCAACGAAGCUCAAUGGACAAGAUUUGUUCAACACCUUGUUCAUCCUUCAAAAGUCUCCGGUAGCUGAAUCAUCAGAUCGCCCUCUACUGACAUCCAUUGAAGCGUCUUCGGCCACCGAGUAUCCUCUUUGCGUGGAAGCUGAAGCCAUGUCUGAUACUCUCCUAUGGCGACUCGCUCUUCAGCCCCAGUGUGUCUGGGAUGGAGGACCUGAAAGCAUUUUGGAGACUUUAGAUACUGUCAUGGGUUUCCUGAUACAGCCAGGCUCCUCAGAGAUUCUAUCCUUCGAGGAGCAUGGCGUGUCCAUCUGCGGCAUGGCUCCUGUCAUGCUGGACGAUGGAAGCAAAUCUGGGUCAAUAAAUUCUACAGAUCUAUCGCCAGAGGAGGAUCGGGAGUGGUCCCACGUGGAAGCCGAAAUUCGAAACAUUCUUCAUCAGGUCUCGUGUGUUCCCGUUACCUCAAUCAGGAUCUCCGACAACCUCUACCACCUUGGUCUCGAUUCAAUUAGUGCCAUCAAAGUGUCGUCCCUCCUGCGAAAGAAUGAGAUAAACCUCCGCCCUCAAGAUAUUGUUAAAUCCUCAAGCAUCGCAGAAAUGGCUCGACUCGCCACGCAAGCCCAGGCUAUACCAUCAGAGACUCUGGAAACGACCGAAGAAUGGGUCCCACCUGAAGACAUCAAUCUUGAAGUUCUGCUACGGGCUCGUGGAAUAGCAAAAGAAGAUGCUGAAGUACUUCCUGCACUGCCAAUGCAAGUCUACAUGCUCGGCGCAUGGCAAAAGGCAGAGGGCUCUGUAUUCUUCCCCGAGUUUCCAUGUCAGAUUAAGACUUCAGUUGAUCUAAAUGGCAUUCAGACCGCCUGGGAUAAACUUGUGUCUGAGUUGCCUCUCUUACGCACAUGUUUCAUUCCAACCCAAUCCCCAACUAUCCCGGUCUUGCAGGUGGUGCUCAAAUCCUACAAGCUUUCCCUAACUCAGCAUCCCCCCAUGGAGAAGUCAAAUCAGGCUGCCCAACCACUCGUUAGAGCGCACAUCACGCUCCAGGAAGACUGCAUCUGGUCAUUCAAACUUCAGAUCCACCACGCUCUGUACGAUGGAGUCAGCCUUCCAGCCCUGUUACGACGAUUCUCUCAACUACUGCAUGGCUCUGUCGUCGCCGAGAACAAUGGGUUUGCUCAGUGGAAGAACUUUGUAGUUCGUCAGGCUAGUGAUGCAGCCCAGAAAGAUAGACGAGCUUUCUGGGCAGCCUACUUACACGGCACUUCUUCCAGUUCAAUUGCUGCUAAAUCGCAAGCAGACGUAAAGAACCGAAUCUCUUACUUAAACGAAUCAGCGAUACCAGAUGUCAGUCAGAUACAGGCUAUUUCUACCCAGUCUGGCAUUUCACUCCAGUCUUGGUUCCUUGCAGCUUAUGCCAGAGUCCUCGCCACGCAAAACAACACACCAGACAAUGGGUCAGUGGUGUUUGGCAUGUAUCUUGCCAACCGAGCCGCUGCCCGCGAUAGUCUCCCUCAGGUCUACCCGACUCUGAACCUUGUUCCUUUGAGGGUUGACUCGCCCAUAGAACUCCCUUUGUCUUCUGUUGCAAGGAAUAUCCAGAGAGACAUUCACCAGAUUACAUCUGAUGGACGAUCAGACGUCGGUCUCUGGGAGAUUGAUCAAUGGACUGGCGUACAAGUGAAAUCGUUUGUCAACUUCCUGAGCCUCUCCAACGAUACAGGUUCAGUAGAAAACUCGGUCACAGUUUUGUCACAAGAGAUAACUGACCACUCGUACCACCAUCACGUACCAGCUCAAUUUGAGGCGGCUCGUCAGGGAAGCUUUUCGGUGCACGGCAUUCCGGUAAGUUACUAGUCUUCAAGCUAGAAAUGGCUACUAACCCUACUGUCACAGCUGGCUGUUGAUGUUGAGGCUUCCGUCGAUAAGGGACGUCUUGCCAUCGGUAUUUUUGGCUCGCAGCAGCAGAUCUCUCGAGAAGAGGCUGUGCUUGUGGCUUCCAGUAUCGCGGACACUUUGAGACAUGCCACCGAAUGAUCAUGGCGGCGGAAAUAAUGGAAAUCCAUCCUGUUUAGACUGACGUUUCGGGAUCUAGAGCUAGACAUUAUGUUUUGAGCACAAGAAAUGUAUUUCUUCGUUUAUGCAAAUAAAUAACAAAAGUUUCUGUCUAGUUUCAAUCCUUGGGUAAACGCCUGACUCCUUCAUGAUGCAUCUAAUCGAUCUCCUGUAUACAGUUGGACCACAUACCGAUAUGAAAUGCCACAAAGAGUCCAAAAGGGAUAAGAGAAGUGUGAUGUCCAACUAAGCAGGAGAUGAAAGACAGAACCCCGACCAGCAAGUUUAUGCUUCUUUCAAACCGAGUAUCCCAGCAUUGAGCGAUCUGGAAAGAGGAUAAUAUUGGCUAGGCGCACAACCUCAGCCUCAGCGCGGGAAAUCGAUGAUGUGCUUGUAAGGCUCUUGGCGUCUCCGUCUCCCUCCAUCUCAACAUCCUCAUCGGCCUUAGACUUGGACUUUUCCGAGGGUGGUGAUCCAGAGCGAGUGCCUGCAACUUCCCAUGGCGCAAGACCCAUAGCCUGUAGUGAAGAGGGACCCCCGACUUCGGCAAUUUCCUUUUCACCAGGCCGUGUUUCAGCGUCCUCUUCAACAAUCCCUCUUCCCGUGGAAUCGAAGUCUGGGCCGGGAUGGCCCCUCUGGAAUGCCUUCCUUUGACGCGCAAGAUAAAGUGCAUUUGUUUGCGUGAGCGGAGCUGCCGGAAUGUACACGAGCAUGCUGACUUCACUCUUGCUUCCACUGGGUGUUUUGAGACCAUAGUUGUUACUGGAGAGGUAGUAUGGAAGGUCGGGGUGCCAGAAUAUGUAGUCUCCAGGCUGUAGCGUUGGCAAAGUAAUCAUGCUAUUUCGUAGAUGCAGAUGGGGGUGCCAUGUUUCAGUAAUUCUUUGUGCGUGUCCCGGGACAGCUCCGUGAAUGAUGGAAUCAGGCUCAGUUUGCAGCUUCCAAUUCUCGGGAGCAAGAUAUGCCUCCCAUUCAGGCCCAGUGCGAUUCUCUGGUGGAGGAUUCUUGGUUGUGAAAAAGGGUCGGAGGAGGUAGUAAGCUGUUGCAAGCUUGGGGGAAGGCAAGAGGCGAACCAUGCCAGGUUCGACAGUGGAGAGUGCCAAGAUGCCCUGAAACAUGCGGAAGAUAGUGCAGGCACCGUAGCCAUUGUAAAGAUCAGUUGUCACAGAAGUGCGACUGGUACAUUUCCAAGGAUCGUACUCUUCCCAUUGACCAUGAAAGAUAUGGUUAUAGGUGCCGGCACGUUGAUAACCGUCGGGCUCCCAGCGCUCCAAAGACCCGUUGUCAACUUGUGCUGUGAUACCCGCAGAUGAUUGUAAUGCCUGAAUCCAAUCGUCGGCGGAUUGUGGCGGCUCGAGCGGCGGCACAUUUAGACUGUUAGACUGGUUCUCUCCAUUUCCGUGUACGCGUAUGCGAUCGACAUAGGUGAUAGGGAGUCUUGUGACAAGCUGAUCGUCUGGAUUGGUCUCCCAUAGGCUCAUCAUAAAUCGUUGGGCGCUGAGAACGUUGGGGUGCGCCCUCGAGCGGACUUGAGCUGGUGUCCAAAAGAAGUCGAAACAAGCUGGAUCAUGCUGCUGGAGUGCCUUGAUAUGGCGUUUGCUAUCGAGAUAGUCGACCGUUUCGCGGACUGCAGUAUCCGUGUCUGCUCUUGGUACGACCUUGCGGACGACGCCGACACCGUAGCGCCUGAGAUCAUGUCCAAAGCGCGCAGUCUGAACAGAGUCAUCUAGGUCGCCAAACUCAAUCGAAGGAAUGAGGUGAGCCCCAAGGUCCUCUAUGUGGCUGACCUCUUUGCGAAGUGCAGUAAUGAGGCGGGCCCAACUAGCUUCGAGCUCAGCUUCGUGACCACUGAUUAGGUUGCGCUUGAUGCGGGCGAAGCGGGAGGGCAGAGCAAUUGGCUCUGGGCCCCAAAAGGAAAUCACGGGAGCAUCUUUGUCCAUAGAAGAGGCGGUGCUGAGGAUCGGUGUUGUUCCAUUUGUUUUGGGCUUUUGCGACACCGAGGAGAGGCCGUUCGAUUUUAGCGAGGGGAGAGCUGUCGUCGUUGUGCUUGACUGGCUACCCGCCAUUGUGCCGGCGACGUUAGCAGCUAGUGCCGCGGUAAGCUUUGCCUCGUAGGAUAAUCUUGCACUCUCCGUAGCAGCAGCAUUCACAAGCGACGCUGCGAUUGGUGCUGAAAGAGAAGAGCGAUGGCGAGACUUGGUGACGCGACCGGUUUGUGUGAGGUUGAGGUUAUUGGGACUGUUGUUAGAAGCAGCAGCAGUAUUGGUAGCGUUGUAAGGGGAUGCGCCUGAUAGUGAGCCUGAGCUGGAGCUGGAGGGGUUUGACCGACCAAGGCGGGAGCGGGAAAGAGCAGCUCUGACCUGUUGACCUGCCACAUCAGCGCCUUUUCUAGGCGGCAAGUGCACCCCUUCUGGCCCUCCUCCUCCUCCUCCUCCUCCUCCUCCUCCCUCCCAUACCUCCCGCUCUCCUCUUCCAUCUCCUCCUCCACCUUCCGCCGCUAUAACUGUUUCGACCCUUGUUACCGGUCCCAUGGUUGCAGCAUCCCACUUCUCUUGGGCCUCCCUAAGGCUUUUCUGUUGUUUCGCCUCACGUGCGCCUUUGUGAUCUACAUCGUGGAACUGACCAUCUUCUUCUGAGAUGUGACCAUCGUAUGGUUUUCCAUAUGCGACUCUUCCAAGUCCAUGUGUAAGACCGUCCCCGACAGCUACAGCCGCCACUGCUGCUGCUCCUAUUGCAGAGGCUAGUCCUUGAGCGUUGUCCAAUAUUGGCGCGGUGACCUCUUCUUCACACGUUGUCGGUGGUAAGUCGAUUGUUGGUGUAGCCAUUUUUCUAACCUCGAAUCGCGUUUUGAAGUUGGGGAUUUCUGGGGAUGCAGCCGCUGACAGCCGAUUGAAGGCUCUUGGAUCGGUUAUCUAUCGCGUCUGCUUGUUAAUGCUUUAAAAACACAAUAAAAACCUUCUGCAACCUGAAUAUCUCAGCCAUAGGGACACAGCAAUCCGUCAGAUGGUUUUAUGCAUCAAAUUGCAAAGAUUCGAGAACAGAGCGAAAUCAACAAAUGCAUAUGUUGCUAUUCAGCUUGCACUGCUUCUUCUAUAAACCUCACUUAAAACGAAGGUAUGGCCCCUACCGAUCGAGACCUCUUUAGCAGGCGGCUGGCCGGACCGGGGCUCUGCUAAGACCAUCUCACCUGUCAUUCCGGAAGAUACUCUGUGAUAUCCCCAUGGAGGAGUAGAGGGUCCUCGACAGAGGGACCCUGCACAACGGCGCAACGGCCGAC